CUCUCUCUCUCUCUCUCUCUCUCUCUCUCUCUCUCUCUCUCUCUCUCUCAGGGUGUGAUUGUAGAAAAAUGGCAGUUGCCAGUACUUCAAUAUCUCAUGAUCUUUAUAUCUGUCCACUGUGUCAAAAUCUCCUGAAGGAUCCAGUGACUAUUCCCUGUGGACGCAGUUACUGUAAGGAGUGUAUUAAUCACUUCUGGGCUGGUGAAGAUCAGAGGAAUGUCUACAGCUGCCCCCAGUGUAGAGAGACUUUUACUCCAAGGCUUGUUCUAUGCAGAAACAACAUCCUGACUAAAGUGGUGGAGGAACUGAAGAAGAUUGAACUCCAGACUGUUCACUGUUACGCUGGACCUGGGGAUGUGGAAUGUGAUUCCUGCAUCGGAAUCGGGCGAAAACGAAAAGCUGUUAAUUCCUGUCUGGUUUGUCAGGCCUCCUUUUGUGAAUAUCAUCUUGAACCUCACUAUCGGUCUCCUGCCUUUAAGAAGCACAAGUUAGUUGAAGCCUGUGCAGAGCUCCAAGAGAAGAUCUGCUCUGAACAUGACAAACUGAUGGAGAUCUACUGUCGUACUGACCAAAGCCUCAUCUGUGUCUUGUGUACGAUGGAAGAACACAAAGGUCAUGAUACAGUUUCAGCUAAAGCAGAAAGAACUAAAAAACAGAAUGAGUUAAAGGAGGAUCAGAUAAAAUCCCAGCAGAGGAUCCAGGAGAAGCAGAAGAAGGUGCAGGAGCUGAAACAGUCUGUGGAGUCUAUUCAGAGUUUCCCGUCUCUCUGUGUUUCUCCUGGAUGUGACGACUCACUCAGCUUCACUGUCAAUCAACAUCUCUCAUUUGAUGGAGUGAGGAAAUCUCUCUCAGAUCUGAAAAAAGGAGUCAAACACAACUGUGAGAAGGAAUUAAACAAAUUCCAACCACAAGAAUUUGAUCUACAUCAUCAUACAGAGAGCCACAACAUUCAUGAUACAGAAAUCGAAAUUGCAGCAGGUCAGAUGAUUUUACCCUCAGAUGCAAAGAGCAGGGAUUUUUUGCAAUAUUUCCGUUAUCUGACUCUGGAUCCAAACACAGCACAUCAUCGACUCAUUCUGUCUGAGAAGAACAGAGUGGUGACAUUUAGUGGGACACAACAGCGAUACUCUCAUAAUCCAGAGAGAUUUGACUCCAAGACUCAGGUGUUGUGUAAGGAGAGUGUGUGUGGACGCUGUUACUGGGAGGUGGAGUGGAGAGGUAGUGUGUCCAUAUCAGUCUCAUAUAAAGAGAUCAGCAGGAAAGGAAAUGCUAAUCAGUGUUUGUUUGGAUACAACAAUCAGUCCUGGAGUCUGGGGUGUUCUUCUUCAUCUGUCUCUUUCUGGCACAACAACAUUACGACUGAGCUCCGAGGUCCAUCAUCCUCCAGAAUAGGAGUGUAUGUGGAUCACAGUGCAGGAACUCUGUCCUUCUACAGCGUCUCUGACACCAUGAGGCUCCUCCACAGAGUCCACACCACAUUCACUAAGCCUCUAUACGCUGGGUUCCGGUUGUGGUAUAACUCAACUGUGAAGUUAUUAAUAGAAGAGAUGAGGAGGUUGGCUGCAGGCUUUGACUUUGAUAAAGACCUCAUUGAAUUCCUGCAUGUUCUAACGCAUAGAAGCAGGAAGCUCAUUUCAGACAAAACUCUCCAACUGUUCGGUCGGAUGAAUAUUAUGGCUAAAGAGGUAGAGAAACAGAAGACUGACCUCCAAGCUGCUUCUCCUGUUCUUUGUUACGCCCGACCUGGAGAAGUGGAGUGUGAUACCUGCAUCGGGAGAAAACGCAAAGCUGCUAUUUCCUGUCUGGUUUGUUUGGCUUCCUAUUGUGAAGAUCAUGUUCAACCUCAUUAUCGGUCUCCUGCUUUUAAGAAGCACAAGUUAGUCAAAACUGGGGCAGAGUUCCAGAAGAAUCUCUGCCUUGAACAUGACAAACCGGUGGAGAUCUACUGUCGUACUGACCAAAGCCUCAUCUGUUACUUGUGUAUGAUGGAUAAACACAAAGGCCAUGAUGCAGUUUCAGCUAAAGCAGAAAGAACUGAAAAGGAGAAUGAGUUAAAGGAGGAGCAGAUGAAAUCUCAGCAGAGGAUCCAGGAGAAAGAGAAGAAGGUGCAGGAGCUGAAACAGACUGUGCAGUCUAUUCAGAGGCGUUCACAGGCAGCAGUAGAUGACAGUGAGAGGAUCUUUACUGAACUGAUCAGCUCCAUGGAGAAAAAGCGCUCGGAGGUGAAGGAUCUGAUCAGAGCUCAGGAGAAAGCUGAAGUGAAUCUUGCUAAACGACUCCUGAAUCCACUGGAGCAGGAGAUUGCUGAUCUUAAGAGGAGAAUCACUGAGAUGGAGCAGCUUUCACGCACACAUGAUGAUAUCCAUUUCCUCCAGAGUUUCCCGUCUCUCUGUGUUUCUCCUGGAUGUGACGACUCACUCAGCUUCACUGUCAAUCAACAUCUCUCAUUUGAUGGAGUGAGGAAAUCUCUCUCAGAUCUGAAAAAACGAGUCGAACAAAUCUGUGAGGAGGAAUUCAACAAAAUACAACCACAAGCUGCAGUAGAAGAAAAGAGUUCAACCUCAGGACCAAAGAUCAACGAACGCAAUCUGCAAUAUGUGAAAAAAAGAGUUGAGGAAGUCUUAUUGCCGAAAAUCCGUCAACAAGCUGCAGCAGUUCAGUCGAGUUUACCUUCAGAACCAGAGAAGAUUUUAGAUACAGACACAUUCCUUAGCGGGGGCGCGCAGGGUUUCCUGCGGAAUCCGAAAACACGUGUCGCUAAGGGACAAGUACGUCAGUAUAAUUACAUCAUCACCCAAGAGCUCGCAGCGGUGUUGCAGAGCCUGCAAGGAGCUACGGAGCGCCAAGCCCCCCCACCACCGGCAAUGGCCCCUCCCGCGGCCACAUACCUGUACACCGCUCCUGCAGCCACCAGCCCCAGACUAGCCUUUCUGGAGAGGUUUAACGGGGAUCCCGGAAGGUGCAGGGGUUUUCUUAUGCAGUGUUCGCUCUUCAUGGCGCAGCAGCCGGCGUUGUACCCGACCGAGGAUAGCUGUGUCGCUUUCGUCUGCUCGCUACUCACCGGCAAGGCGCUAGACUGGGCCACCGCAGUGUGGAGAGAGAAUGCCUUCCCCUCCUUUGACAGCUUCCUCGCACAAUUUCGCACGGUCUUCGACCACUCCGCUACGGGGGAGAGCGCGGAGGAGCGCUUGUUGGCCAUCUCUCAGGGCGAUCAUACUGCGGCCGAAUACGUGCUGGCUUUCCACACCCUCGCCGCGGAAACAGCCGAACUCGCCUGCCGAGAUGAGGCGAGGAGCCUGGCCGCUUUUGUGGAUCUCUCCAUCCAGCUGGACAACUCAAUGCGCUACCGCCACAACCCUGCGCGCACGGCCGCGCGCACAGCACGUCCUGAGAUCCCAGAACCCAUGCAAAUUGAUUUUACGGACCUCACGCCCGAAAAACGAGCGCGCCGCUUCCGCCAACGGCUCUGCCUCUACUGCGUGGAACCCGGACACCGACUGUCCACCUGCCCGACUAGACCACCUGCUAGGUGGGAGAACCCGCAGUGGAGGCGAUUGGAGAUUGGACGGCCGCUUGGCGAUGGACGCAUCACCCGUCUCACCAGGGACCUCAAUCUACAAGUGUGGGACCAUCAUCUUGAGCACAUCGCCUUUCACAUCAUCCACUCUCCCAGACAUGCCCUCAUCCUCGGAUUACCAUGGCUCAGGCUCCAUAACCCGGACCUCACAGAGGCGUUCAGCAAGACCAAGGCCACUGAACUACCUCCACAUUGCCCCUGCGACUGUGCCGUCGAACUCCUGCCAGGAGCAACACCACCUAGAGGGAGAAUAUUUCCCCUCUCACAGCCGGAGUCAGCAGCCAUGAAUGAAUACAUCAAGGAGGAGCUGAAGAAGGGGUUCAUUCUGCCCUCCAUAUCCCUGGCAGCUUCAGGGUUUUUCUUUGUUAAGAAGAAGGAUGGGGGCCUCCGGCCAUGCAUCGACUACCGAGCUCUAAACGACAUCACAGUAAAAUUUCGGUACCCCCAUCCACUCGUCCCAUCAGCCCUGGAACAACUCCGCCGCACGCGGUAUUUCACCAAACUAGACCUCCGCUGCGCCUAUAAUCUUAUCCGCAUCAGAGAAGGGGACGAGUGGAAGACCGCCUUCUCGACCCAAUCGGGCCAUUAUGAAUACUUAGUCAUGCCGUUCGGCCUUUCUAACAACCGCUGGGUGAUCGUCUAUAUCAACGACAUCCUCAUUUCUUCCGAGAACCUGAAGGAGCACAUCCAACAUGUGAGGGCAGUGUUGCAACGACUGAUGCAGCAUCGUUUAUACGCCAAGGCGUUACCAACCAACCUCCCUAGGUCCGACACACCCACUGAUCUGCCGGCCAUCGACGAUUGGUUUCGCCGAAGCGAGGAGACCUGGGGCGCGGCACAUCAGCAACUGCAGAGGGCCAUCCGGCGACAGAAGAUCCAGGCUGACAGGCACCGCAGGGAACACCCCGAGUAUCAACCUGGCCAGUGGGUUUGGCUCUCGACCUGUGAUAUUCGGCUCCGCCUACCCAGCCGUAAACUAAGCCCCAGCAGCAUCCUGACAAGCCGGCUCCCCGUUCUUGUGGAUGACCCCGGCGUCGCCAACACCCUCGCGUCGGGAGCCCCUCGUGGGGGGGGCUCUGUCACCGUCAGCACACCGCCUGAACGCCGGUGCAGAGAAGCGUCUCCGGAGCACCAGGCGGUGUUCCUCCAAGAGGAACGUCUCUCACUCCUGAGGAAAGGGGCCUUAGAGCUUUUUCCCCUCCCAGAGCGGGACUCCGGCUUCUACAGCCGAUAUUUUGUUGUCCCCAAUAAGGACGGGGGGCUGUGUCCAAUUUUGGACCUCCGGGCUCUGAACUAUACUCUGAAGACGUACAAGUUCGGGAUGCUCACGCUCAAGAUCCCUCGCGUCAGCCAGCUAGUCGCCCUAUCAGCUGCAGUAGUAGAGAAGAUUUUACCCUCAGGACUAAAGAUCAACGAACGCAAUCUGCAAUCUGCAGCAGUUCAGUCGAGUUUACCUUCAGAACGAGAUAGCAGAGAAGAUUUUCUGCAGUUUACUGUAGAUUUCUGUUAUCUGACUCUGGAUCCAAACACAGUACAUCCUCAACUCAUUCUGUCUGAGAAGAACAGAAUGGUGACACGGAGUGAGACACAACAGCGAUACUCUGAUCAUCCAGAGAGAUUUGACUCCUGGCCUCAGGUGUUGUGUAAGGAGAGUGUGUGUGGACGCUGUUACUGGGAGGUGGAGUGGAGCGGUGAUGUGUUAAUAUCAGUGUCAUAUAAAAAGAUCAGCAGGAAAGGACAGGGUAAAGAAUCUCAGUUUGGAUUCAGCAGUCAGUCCUGGAGUCUGCGGUGUAAUUCUUCCUCUGUUUUUUUCUGGCACAACAACCGUAAGACCGUGCUCCAAGGUCCAUCAUCCUCCAGAAUAGGAGUGUAUGUGAAUCCCAGGGCAGGAACUCUGUCCUUCUACAGUGUCUCAGACACCAUGAGGCUCCUGCACAGAGUCCACACCACAUUCACUCACCCUCUAUACGCUGGAUUCUGUAUAUGGAGUUAUGAUUUACCCGUGUCUUUGUGUGAUCCAAAAUAAUAUGUUUCAGUGUCAGUAUGUGCAGAAACUGUAACAUUUAUAUUAAAAUUAAGUUUUACUUAAUUAUAUUUAGGGUUAGGGUUCUAUUCACAAACAAAUGACAUAUAUAAUCUUUUAUCACAGAAUGUAGGAUGUUUGGAGAACAAAUAAAUGCUAUUAAAUGGUUAAUUUAAACAGAUAUUACCAAUGACUUCUGAACCCCUUCUAUGUUGAAUUGGCUAUGCACCUAAAUCAUUUAAUCUAGCAGUUAUCAAACCUUUAAUAAAAAAACAGACCUGGACCCAAGCCAGCUGUUCAACUAUAGGUCAAUAUCAAACCUUCGCUUUACCUCCAAUAUCCUUGAGUUAAGGUUGUGUUUAGUGACUUCAGUCACUCACUUGAAGCUCAUGUAGAUAAUAUAACUUCAUCAAUCCUGUUGCCCUAACCAUUGUUGGAAUCUCGUCCCCUGGUGUGCACUCUGCUGGGGAUUGAUCUGCAUGGACAGCACAUGACUCAUGGAAUUGCUGUGGUUGGGGCCACCUGGAGAUUGUCACACAACUUUUGAACUAAUGUUGUGCCAGUCAGCUUUGUGCUCGGGUCUUCAUCAGCAAUCAUUUGAACACUUUGGCAGGAAGGAAUUAGUGUUGGGUCUGUGGUGAACUUGGAAAUUGUGCUGACCCAUUACGUCCUCAUAAGCUCUUGGUUGCUUAAUUCCACUCAAUUUCAAACUGUUGUAGAAAGGACAUUAUUUACAUUGACAUUAUUUACUGUCCAUUAUAACCAAAAUUAGUAUAAGGUUCUCUUCUGAGUCUUGUUCCUCUCAAGGUUUCUUCCUCUUAUCAUCUCAUGGAGUUUUUUCCUUGCCACCGUUGCCUCCGGCUUC